ACAGUGAAAAAACAGCACCACCGCACUAGUGUACUGUGUAUUGUCUUCCCUUCCCUCCCCCUCACAAUUCCAACAAGGAGGGGUUUAAGAAAAACAAUACGAACAACAACAGAAAGUGAAUGAAUGAACAAAUGAAUGAAGCCGUGAUAUGUAUCACAGUGUCGGUGCACGCCGCCUACUAUACCGUUCUCAAAUAUCUUACUACGUUAAAGCUGGUCUCAUUGACACUGCAAUCCAACUGUUCGACCAAAUGUCUCAAUCAAAUUGUCGUCCUUUCAGCAUCGACUACAACCGUUUCAUCGGCGUUCUCAUUCGUCACUCUCACCUCGACCUCGCUCAAAGCUACUACCACCGCCACGUCAUCCCUAAUGGUUUCUCACUAUCCCCUUUCACUUACUCUCGCUUCAUCUCCGCUCUCUGUUCCGUCAAAAACUUCUCCCUCAUUCACUCUCUCCUUCGUGAUAUGGAUGCUCUCGGCUAUGUUCCUGAUAUUUGGGCUUUUAAUAUCUACCUCAACAUUCUCUGCCGCGAAAAUCAGUUAGAUAUUGCUCUUCAAUUGUUUCGUACCAUGCCUUUGAAGGGAAGAGAGCCUGAUGUUGUUUCGUAUACCAUUAUCGUCGACGCAUUGUGUAAAGCUAAAAGGUUUGAUGAGGUUGCUCGUGUUUGGCGUGGUUUGAUUGAGAGUGGGUUGAAGCCUGAUUUGAAGGCAUGUGCUGCACUUGUUGUUGGGUUGUGUAGUGUUGGUAAUGUUGAUUUAGCGUAUGAGCUUGUUGUUGGUGUGAUCAGUGGUGGUGUUAAGGUUAAUUCUUUGGUUUAUAAUGCUUUGAUUAGUGGGUUUUGCAGGAUGGGUAGGAUUGAUAAGGCUUUGGCGAUUAAAGGGUUUAUGAGUAGGAAUGGGUGUGUCCCGGAUUUGGUUACUUAUAAUAUUUUGUUGAAUUAUUGUUGUGAUGAGAUUAUGCUUGACGAGGCGGUGAGGUUGGUGGAGACUAUGGAGAGGAGUGGUGUGGGGCCUGAUGUGUAUAGUUAUAAUGAGUUGCUUAAGGGUUUUUGUAAGGCUAAUCAGUUGGAUAGGGCUUAUUUGACUGUGGUCAAGAAGAUGCAGAGUAAUGGGGUAUGUGAUGUUGUUUCUUACAAUACUAUUAUUGGGGCUUUUUGUAAGGCGCGUCGGACUGAAAGAGCUUACGAGUUGUUUGAGGAAAUGCGUAGGAAAGGGAUUCAACCAGACGUGAUAACAUUCACGGUGCUUAUAGAAGCGUUUUUUAGGGAAGGUGCUUUCGAUGUUGCCAAAAAGCUUCUUGAUCGAAUGACAGAAAUGGGGAUUAUUCCUGACGUGAUUUUCUAUACCACAAUAUUUGAUCAUCUGUGCAAGUCCGGGAAUAUUGAUAGGGCUCUUGUUGUUUUUUGUGACAUGGUGGAGAGUGGAGUAAGUCCAGAUGUGGUCUCAUACAAUGCACUCAUAAAUGGGUUUUGCAAGUCUUCUAGAGUUAUGGACGCCAUGCGGCUAUAUGAAGAAAUGCAGGUUAAAGGAUUAUGCCCGGAUGAGGUCACUUUCAAGUUGGUAGUUGGAGGGCUCAUUAAGGAAAACAAGCAUUCAGAGGCCUGCAGGGUUUGGGAUCAGAUGAUGGAAAAAGGAUUUACACUUGACAGACAUCUCUCCGAGAUUCUAGUCAAUGCCAUUCAGUCAAGAGAUGGCACAUGAGCAUUGUGUUAGUUUGCAUUGCAAUCCUCGCAACUUCAUCACGCUCUUCUUUCAAAUCGCAGAGUAACUUAAAUGUUUCUCUCCCGACAUACUACAUGAAAGUGUAACAAACCGAUGAAGUUACUUUGUUUUUUGCAGCCAGUAACACCUGCAUAUCAGUAUAACCAUUUGCAUGCUGCUCAUGGUGAAAUCUCACAGCUUUGCAUUGUAAUAAGACACUACUAGUUCCCUGGGCAGCUUCUUGUAGAGAAUCCAUAACAACGACAGCCCUACAAUGGUUUCUAGUUGCUAAUGAGUUAGUAUCCAAAUUUUGUUACAUAUUACCGACAGACUUUUAGCUGGCGGGUUGUAUUUUGUCAAUACAAUAUACUCAUUAUAUUCUUUGGCCAUUUUUUUUAUACACGGGGGCUAUUGAUCUGAAUAUCACCCAGCACAAUUGAUACCGGUAAUUAAUGAUUUGUGGUUGAAAUAAGUCCAGGUGCCUAUAUAAAUUAAGCUGGUGUUUCUUUGGUGUAAGAGUGGUUCUGAAUACUAUGACUCUGAUAGUUGAUGAAAUCCUUGAUCAGUGGCAGCUCAGUUCAGAUUGACUCAAUUCCAGGCUUAUGUUGUAGACACUUCGAUGAUGAUAACCUUGUCAUUUUAUGGUUACGAUUAAUUUGAGUAUAGCGCCCUUCUUGGAAUAACAAGCUUUAAUGUCAAUGAAUAGAAGUUUUAUUUCACCGGGACAGAGCUCACACCAUCUGUGAAUUGAUGUGCUGCAGAGCAUAAGUUUGAACCACAGAUAUACGUUCCUGGUUAAGAUCACCUUGUGGGCUACAUUCAAGAUUUCAUUACUCAAGCAUUGUGGAACCUUCAGUAACAGAUUCGCGCCUUACAGUUUGUGUUUGUCUAGACUCAACAGAUAGUUACAAAAGUUCUAGAUCUACAGGGUAGCCUUGUUAGGCUUCAAAGUUCAAAUCUAUUACAUUUUGUGGGAAAACUGUGUUGCUGGCACAAGAUCCAUAGAUUUUAAUUAGAAUAGAAAGGUGUAUUUGUUGGACUAUACUGUCAUAAAAUCCAUCUUGUCUGACCUAUCUUAGGAUUAUUUUUGGUGAUUGCUUCUGUCUCUAUCUGCAGUACAGAACUUCAAGCUUCUCUAACGAAAUGUUACCCUAAUCAUUCAUUACUUUACA